CGCAUUAACCUAUUUAGUAAUGUAUCAAGAGGUUCAUAAAAAUAGCGGAAUUCGGUCAAUAUGCACGGGAUAUGUUUUGUUCUAAUAAUUUCGGAACUGGUUCUUAUAAAUUUGGCCACCCAGCCAAUGAACUUUUCAGGAAAAUCAUAUUAUUUUAAAACUAAUGCAAAUAAUGAAUUUACGGUGUAUAAUAGGAUACAUUUUUUAAAUCAUAAUAUCAGUGAUUUGGAUGUCAACCCUCAUCCGCCUCAAAAUGUGAAAAUAUUGAGGAGUAACAAGAAUGUUUUGCCCAAUGGACAGCCACAUAAAAAUGUCCUUCCAAAAAAACACUUUCUGGAUGAAGAAUGGAACUACGAGCACAAGCCGCUAAACAAAUCGGAUCUACCAGUAUUUAUCAAAAAGUUUUAUGAGCAACGAAUAAGAGAACCGAAUAAAACCGAUACCUUAAGAAUAUUUUUUAACAGCAACCGCAAUUCUUCUUCAAGUAAAAUUAUCAAAUUCAAUUUGCCUAAACUGACUGAAGAAGAAAAAUUUGUGGACGCAGACAUGUACUUUUACUGGCCAUUGGAAAACUCGUCCAGUUUAUUCAAAACAUCAGUAGUACUAAAACUAUACCAAUACGAGAAACCAGUGACAAACGAGUUGAACGAGUCUCAUUUGGAAGAGAAUCCCGACCUACAUAAGUUGUUUAACGUUAUUUAUAUUUCUAAGGCACAAAAUGGAUGGCAGACCUUUAAAAUAAAGAAGCCCAUAGAUAACUGGUCAAAUGGUGAAGAAAAUUAUGGGCUUUUAUUGACCAUUUCGACUUAUGAUGAGAACAAACUUAUUUCUGUUUUUAACGAUACUAAUCAAAGCAUUUUUAGAACAUUUGCUGUUUUAACUAUAAAAAAAAAUGAUACUCAACCAUCUUUUCCAUACAACCAAACUACCCUGGACCACCUCCAACAUACAACACUAUGCUCCAAAAGGCCCUGGCAUGUUGAUUGGCAACAACUACAUUGGAAUAAUCUCAUUUUGUAUCCGGAAAAUGGUACCAUGUUAUAUCAGUGUGCCGGAAAAUGUCACAUUUCUGACCAGGAUCACCAUAUCAACCAUGUCAGGAUGAGAGAGUUCACCAAUGGGUUCCAUGUUAGGGAAAAAGUGUGUUGUGUCCCCACCGAGUAUUAUUCUUUACCCAUCAUGUUUCAGAAUACAGAUGGAGGAGUUGUUAUGAAGAAUUAUGAUAAAAUGGUUGUUAAAGGGUGUGGAUGCAGAUAAAAUAUAAUUUAAAAAAAAAAUGUAUUAUUUUAAAAGACUUCUUGUUAUUUAGGGUACAUGAUUGUGUUUCCCAAUAAAGAUAUCCAAACUUGUAA